AUGCGUACUGAGUUUGAGCGGAUGCUGUCUGUUUUAGGAGCAACAGAACGGUAUUCAAUUUGUCUCGCUUCUGAGGAAUUGAAGGUUCAUCAAACCCAUUUAUAUGACCCUAAAUUACAUGAAAAUCUGUUCUUGGCAAAGGCGAUUACAGCCCUUUUGCGAUCACAGUUCCACUGUGUUAUUGUCGGCGACGAGCGCAGGAUGGUGACAAAGAUCUUUAAUACGUUGAGUUUGUUUGUACCUGACGAGAGCCGAUGGUGUAGUUUGAAGGGGUGCAAGCACGUCUAUUCGCCCUAUCUAAGGCUUCAAAUAAUUAAUCGCAGUGAAUUGCCAUUGGUCAUUACUGCUGGUGUUGAAUCUCAUUGGCCUAUAGCAGUGAUUGACGUUGAUAAACAGUUGGUCUGUAUUUCCUCGAAUUACCUUAAACAUCGUAAAAUAAAGCAACUACGACAGAGGAAUGAUGUUGCGGCGAUCUUGCUUUCUGCUGGUAUGGACGUGGAAAUGGCCGAUCCAAGACAGAACAAACUUGAGCUUCGGAAAUGUCGUGCCAGCGGUUUAGUGGUCGAUUUCCUCGGCAAAAUGGAUUUUCUACCAUAUGAGCGAAAUGCGCGGAUAGGAUUUAUUCGUCAGUUUUUGCUGAGUGUAGAGAACCGUGCUAGAGCAUUUAUCACGUACGUGCGAGAUGCGAGCCAGCCAAACCUUACGGACAAGUCAAGUGCUGUAAGUUGUAAGUGGAAUUUGAAUGCCGCCCGUCGCGCCCUUGAUUUGACUUCAGAAUCUUUGUUCAGCAUUAUUCUUGCUGAAGCAGAGAGACUAAAAGCGGGUAUUGCUGACUUCAUUUGUGACACUCGAACUCACUGA